AUGCCUGUCAUCAAGCCCCAAACAGGGGAGACUAGUGGUCCUCAACAAUAUAAACAGCCUUCGAGAAAGGGCAAGAAAGCCUGGAGAAAAAAUGUCGACGUUUCCGAAGUCGAGCAAGGCCUCGAGCAACUAAACGAGGAGAUUAUCAAGGGCGGUGUCAUUGCCGAGAAAGAAUCCGAAGAUCUCUUUACCGUCGACAUUAAGGGAGACUCUACCAUUGCGAAGAAGCACCCCAAGAGGAAAGGCUUGAAGGCCGACGAAAUUAUCGCUGCCCGCUCAGCCGUCCCGGCGGUAUCUCUACGCAAGAGACCCGCUGAUAAGACUACCGAUGGCAUCAUACCUGCGAAGCGCCAACGAACAGAAUAUGUCACACACAAGGAACUCACUCGGCUGAAGAAGGUUGCUGAUGGCCACCACGAAGCCACCGUCACCGUAGUCGACGCCACGUAUGAUCCAUGGUCUGCCCCGGCAGAGGUUCCUCAAGUAGAAGAUAGCGAGAACUUUCUACCAAAGACGCAAAAGAAGAAGGCACCAGAGACUAUUCGGCAAAAGCCCAUCUCGCUCGCCGCUAGUGGAAAGCAUGUGCCUGCUAUCCCCAAGCCCGCUGGUGGAUACAGCUACAACCCAGUGUUUACAGAUUAUGAGGAGCGCCUACAAGAAGAGGGUGCCAAGGCAGUCGAGGCUGAGCGCAAACGCCUCGCGGCUCUGGAAGCCGAAGCGGAGAAGCUAGAAGCGGCUCGCAGGUCGGCUGCUGAGGCUGAGGCCGCGGAAGCAAAGGCAGAGCUAUCAGAGUGGGAUGAAGACUCGGCCUGGGAAGGGUUUGAGAGUGGGGCCGAGGAUGUGAAUAUCAAGGCGAAACGUCCUGAGCGCAAAACCCAGGCCCAGCGGAACAAGAUCAAGCGUCGGAAAGAGGAAGAGCGGAAGAAGAAGCACGAGGCGGCAAUGAAACGGAAAGAACAGCAGGCUGCAGAAAUCAAGAAGAUUGCAAAGGCAGUAGAGGAGCGAGAACGCGCACUGGCUCUCGCAAAAGUCGAGCUCAGUGACGGUGAAAGUGACGGAGGCGAUGAUGUUGAGCUGAGACGCCGGCAGCUUGGCAAGUUCAGGCUACCGGAAAAAGAUCUAGAGUUGGUACUGCCAGAUGAGCUGCAGGAUUCUCUACGACUACUCAAACCAGAGGGAAAUCUGCUGAAGGACAGAUACCGGAGUCUUCUUGUGCGAGGCAAGAUGGAGGCAAGGAGGAAGAUUCCUUUCAGGAAGCAGAAGAGGACGAAGCUCACAGAGAAAUGGACCCACAAGGACUUCCAGCUCUUUUAG